ACAGAAAAAGAAAGAAAGCCCGCACACCUCUUUCUCGAUCUCUCUCGUUUGUAGCACGCCGGCGGACUCUCUCUCUCUCUCAGCCGACUGAUAGCCUUCACCGCCGAUUGAUCUUCGCUGAGUCUCUCAACUCACUCACUCAGUCACUCACACUGAGUUACGCUCACUAAAAGUGCAAGGAGAGAUGAAUAAAAAGAACCCACUUGUAUUCUUGGAUUUAUCAAUUGAUGGGGAUUCUGCAGAAAGAAUUGCUAUUGAGCUUUUUGCUGAUAAAGUUCCAAGGACAGCUGAGAAUUUUCGUGCACUUUGUACAGGUGAAAAGGGCAUUGGAGUUUCUACAGGGAAGCCUUUGCACUACAAAGGAUCUAUAUUCCAUCGUAUAAUUAAAGGAUUUAUGGCCCAAGGUGGUGAUUUUCAAAAUGGAAAUGGCACUGGUGGAGAAAGCAUAUAUGGAGGAAAGUUUGCAGAUGAAAAUUUUAAAUUGGAUCAUAGUGCCUCUGGUCUCCUCUCUAUGGCAAAUAGUGGUCGGAACACAAAUGGGUCCCAGUUCUUCAUAAUUUUCAAGCGCCAACCCCAUCUUGAUGGGAAGCAUGUUGUUUUUGGGAAGGUUACAAAUGGAAUUGAUGUUGUUAAGAAGAUAGAACAGAUUGGAACAGCAGAUGGGAAACCUUCUCAGGUUGUAAAAAUUGUUGAUUGCGGUGAGAUAUCCGAAAGCAAAAUUCAAGAUGCAGAUGGAGCAGAGAAAGGGAAAAAGAAAAAACCAAGUAAAGCUGUUUCCUCUGGGGAUAGCUCUGAUGGGCAAAGGAAGGAAAAACGCAAAACACCACUUAAAGACAAAAGAAAGAAGAGAAAAAAGAGAUACUCUUCAUCCGAUUCCUACAGCUCCGAUACAGAUUCUGAUUCCAAUUCUUCAGAGACUGAUUCUGAUUCAGAUUCUGAAUCUGAUUCGUAUUUGUCAAGUUCUUCCAGUGAUGGAAGGCCUCGAAAAAGGAGGUCAACAAGGAGACGUAGACCCCAACAUGUGAAAAAAAGAAGGGAUGGACAAAAGAAGAGGUCAAGAGGUCGGCGUGAUAAAAAAUCAAGGGGCAAAUCUAAAUGGAGCUCAGACAGUUCAAGUGAUACAGAUGCAAGUUCAAGAAGCAGCACUGGCAGCUCCGAUGAGGAAAAAGCCAGACACCCUGUUUCUGCCCGUAAAACCAGUAACUCAUCAAAUGCUCAAAAUAAGCCAACACAGAAUAUUGAUGUAGUGAAUAAAUCCCCCACCUCUCUCCUAGGAAAAGAAACUCUGAUGGAGCAGAAGAGGAUGGAGGACAACUCAUCUCACGAAGAGGGAGAAUUUUCGAAGAAGGAUGAUGAACUUUUGAACAAUAGCAACGGCAUGGAAAGUAAAUCCAAUAAAACUGCCAAUCAACGUCGUUCUUCGGACAACAUCAACAUAUCAAGGAGCCCAACUCCAGGCCCGAGAGGAAGGCCCAAAUCCAGCCGUAGCAGCAGUCCAAGCAUGAGCCCCAAAAGAAGAACAAGCAGCCCCAGACUCCUAAAUGAUAGUGGAAAUCCUGCAGGCAGUCCUGCACACAAGGUCCCUGAACCUUCUGUAUCUAAUCAUGGUAGGGCUUUGUCAAGAAGUUGUUCUCCAAAUGGGACCCCAAAACGUGUUAGAAAAGGGCGUGGCUUUACUGAACAGUAUUCCUUUGCACGACGAUACCGUACUCCAUCCCCAGAGCGCUCACCUCGUAGGUCUUACAAUUAUGGUGGAAGAAAUGUUCUAGAAAGGAAUCAUAAUAGGUAUUCAAGCUAUAGAAAUUAUUCUGAUCGCUCACCGCAAAGACGCUACAGAAGCCCACCAAGAGCCAGGAGCCCUGCCAGAUACCGCACCAGGAGAAGUCGAAGUAGGAGCAUCUCUCGCAGCCCAAGUUCUCACCGAAACCGUGACAGAAGCCCUAUACGCAGUCCUAGCCCUGUAGAUAGGCGACCUGCAAUGAGUGAUAGGUUGAGAUCUCGUUUGGGGCCUCGUAUGGACGAUCAGCGCCGCACUUCAAGGAGAGGAAGAUCAAGUUCAAGCUCCAGGAGCCGCUCUAGAUCACCCAGUACCGGUCCUAAGGUGCAUGCUGAAAAGGUGGCAGCUGCAUCUCCCAGCAGGUCUAGAUCAAGCUCACCAGCCGGACAAAGGGGUUUAGUUUCCUAUGGAGAUAUCAGUCCCGAAAAUGGAACAAACUAGUUUCAGGGAUGUUCUUCUGGUUCGCUUUUUGAAGGUAGGUAGAAGGCAAAUGAAGGGGAAAAAAAUGCUUGCCCACCCAAAUUGAAAUUGUAUUACAUUGUAAUGUAAUUUGAUUGCUUGGUACUGCACCUUCUAGAAAGUUUUUGUUUUUUUAAGUUGGCUGAUAUGUGAACUUGGCAGAUAAAUGGGAACUGUGAUAUAACUCUGGAGGUGUAGGUCUUUGUGAUAAUGCACUUGUUUGUUUGUGCUGCAACAUGAAAUUCCUAUGUUCUGGGUGCCAAUAUCAAGUUGCUACUCAACUAAAAGGUUUUGACAGUGGCCCA